CGCCAUGGUGAAGCCGAUCCUCGAGAAGAUGGACGUUGAGAUCCUUGAGGGGACCAAGGUCGAUGUGAAGGCUCGUGUCGUCACUGUGACCGGCAAGCGCGGAACCCUGACGCGCGACUUCAAGCAUCUCAACAUUGAGAUCAAGAAGGGCAAGAACAAGAAGGGAAAAGACGCCAUCGUUGUUGAGAAGUGGUUCGGCGCCAAGAAGGAGCUUGCUGCUGUGCGAUCUGUGUGCUCCCACAUCAACAACAUGAUGGUCGGCGUUACCCAUGGCUACGAAUACAAGAUGAAGCUUGUAUAUGCUCACUUUCCCAUCAACGUCAACUGCGAAAAGAUUGGAAACUCCAAGGUCAAGAACCUCAUCGAGAUCCGCAACUACCUCGGACAGAAGGUUACCUUCAAGGUCCCCAUGCAGGAGGGCUGCGAGGUUGACCGCACCAAGGAGAAGGAUGAGAUCGUUAUCACUGGAAACAGCAUCGAGGGCGUCGGUACCUCAGUCUCUCAGAUCCAGCAGAUGUGCCAGGUCAAGCACAAGGAUAUCCGUAAGUACCUCGACGGUGUCUAUUGCACCACCAAGAAAGUGAUCGGCCAAUAAGUUUUUGUUAAACUGGGAGAAAGG